UGCCCCGCCACGGCUGCUGCUUCGUUCUGUUCGUAUCGGAGAAACUAGGGUUAGGGUUUCUUGGGUUGAGAUCGGGAUUCAAUGGCGACGGCGGCUCAGCAACAAGCGCAAGAGUCGAAGCCGGCGAAGAGGAAGCCGAUCUUCACCAAGGUGGACCAGCUCAGGCCGGGCACCGGCGGCCACACCCUCGUCGUGAAGGUCGUCAACUCCACCACGGUGCUCCAGAAGGGCGGCGCUGCCUCCGCCCACCUCCGCCACACCCGGAUCGCCGAGUGCCUCGUCGGCGACGAGACCGCCUGCAUCGUCUUCACCGCCCGCAACGAACAAGUUGACUUGCUGACGCCUGGUGCUACUGUCAUCCUGCGCAAUGCAAAGAUAGAUAUGUUCAAGGGUUGCAUGAGGCUGGCUGUUGAUAAGUGGGGCCGAGUUGAGGUUACUGAACCUGCUGAUUUUGUGGUGAAGGAGGGUAACAAUUUAUCAUUGAUCGAGUAUGAACUGGUGAACGUCAGCGAAGAGUGAUUCGUUGGACAGGAUUGUUAGAUGAGGAAGCUUUUCUGACUUUACUUUUCAUAGAUGUUCAACGUAUAUGUUUUGGUUGGAACAAUAUCUGGGGUUAUACAAAAUCUCACCAAGGCUACUUUUUGUUUCUGCAUUGGCGCAUAUCUAUCAUAAUCUGCUGGUAUCUGUAAUCAGAAUGAUGGAAGAUGGUUGAAUUAUCAAUCAUGAUGCACAUACAACCAUCUGCUGUUUUUGGUAGCA